AUGUCUUUAUGCACACCGUGUCAAGAUUUCAUCACCAAGCACCUGCACCGGAAUGCCAUAGCAGGGAAUCCCUCAGGUUACUACCACUUACAGGCCAAGGCCAUCGAGGAACCUUCACCUGAAGUAUUCCUUUGCUCUAUCGACUAUGGGUGCUAUAUUUGCACACGACUCUUCUGCAGUCUCCCAGAACAUCUUCAAUCACAGCUACGAGGACUCAACGGGCAGCUUUCACGAAAUAAAAGGCACGGGGAGUGUUUUAGUUACGGAAUGCCACAACCGUGCGAAUCUCGUGAUGGUCCCCCGGUGGUAUUCUUAGGCUACAGAAUUUACGAGAACGAUUUCAGCGUAUGUUUCUGGUUCGGGGACGACUUCCACCCAUGUGCUCAUUUCAAUGGCCGCAUGAUGAAUCUCAUUGGCAAAGCAUUGUCGAAGGUGCCACCCACCAAGCUGGAGGAUUACCUCGAGCUCAACAGAUUCGGAGGAGACAUUUACGAAAAUCAAUAACUGGCUGGAGCUUUUUAAUUCCAAGCAUAUGCAAUACCUCUGCCAUCGUUGGAGACAUACGAAGGGCUGGUAUCUAACUCGACUGCUCCAUGUUAGCUCUUUCAACGGUCACAAGAAACAAGAUCUCAAGUUAUGAAUCGUACACGGGACCCAACUCUCUGCGGGCAGUCAGGACGCUACACUAAGCCAUUGUUGGGCUAAGGAUAAUAUGGCAAGGCUCACUGUCGACAAUUUAUCAUUAUGGACACAGAGCAUUCCGACAAAAAUCCUUCCUCGGACUUUUCUAGAUGCAGUUCGAGUGGCUAGGCGCCUUGGAAUCAACUACCUCUGGAUUGAUUGUCUCUGCAUCAUCCAAGACGGUGAUGAGCUUGCAGAUUGGAAACAAGAGGCCCCAACGAUGCAUAAUGUAUAUUUUAAUGCAUGCUUCAACAUUUGUGCCCCGUGGGGGCCUGAACUAGGCGGAUUAUUUGCGACAAGAGACCAAUCCACGGUGGAACAUGCUUCUCUUGAGAUGCCGUCUAAGAAUGGAUGGAAGAGGAAGUUUCUUCUUGUGUCGUCUGGAAACGGGGAUGGGGACUGGGAGGAGCUGGUUGAGGAUUCUACCUUGGCUAGCCGCGGCUGGGUAUUUCAAGAGCGGUUGCUUAGUCCUAGGAAUAUCUUUUCUCUGCAAGGAAAUUGUUCUAUACGAGUGUUAUGAACAACCCACGAGCGAAUCCGUGGGAGUUGAUGUCUUAACCUGGAGGCCACUUUUGAAUCGCAAGGCCGACGACGACGACAUUACCUCAUCACCCAAUAUUAGGACAUUCCUGCCGACCGGCUGGAUGAUCAACAGGGAAGAGCUCUAUCAGGCCUGGUACAACUUGGUGAAGAAAUACUCAGGCACAGAGCUCACCUUCGCCGAAGACACGCUUGCAGCAAUAGCAGGUAUCACUCAGCAAUUCACCAUGCUUUCCAAAGAGAACUAUAUCAAAAAAGAUGUGUACGUGGCUGGAUUAUGGCUCAGUCGUCUAUCUAUCGAUAUGCUUUGGAAAAACCUGGAAAGCAUGCCUGAUCAUGAGGUGUAAUGCUUCCCCAAGGCCAACACAGUUGACUUUUUCAUGGAUCUCCGGCUACCAGGUUGAAAUAAGAGAAAACGAUCUUGAAGGUAAGGAGCCAGAUGAAAAGUUCAUCUUGCCACAGGUCACGUGUGUCAAAUGGCGUACUCCCGCGCACACGGAACCUGAACAGUAUUUAUUCAACGAAGUCAUCAUCAUGCUCCCAUCGACGCGAUGCAUCGAAGUCAUGUUUCAGGGAGUCUUAAAGCGAAUGCUACUUCGAAAAGGUUUACAAAUGUUCCAUGUGUUUCCUGUUGGCGCCAUUGCAGUUCCUGAGCCAGAACAGGGCUUGGAGGCUCUGGAGAAACGAGAAUCCGAUUCGGGUGCUCGAGGUAGCCUACUUGUCUGGGCCGGGCUCGAUUUUGCAGCGAAAACAACAGACAUCUCAGUUCUGAAUCGUUCAAGAAAACUAUUCUAUGUGCCUUGGUACGACAAUGAUGACCGAAGUGUUUGUGGUCUAUCUAACACUUACUGUUUGCUACUUGAACUUUUAUCUCGCGAGAUGGGCAGGUUCCGUCGGAUAGGCUUGCUGAGGUUUGGUGCUGAAUACCGCGAUCUGUACUUCGCGUCACAGGUCGAUGAGCAGUACUACCCAUGUUGGAAAUAUGACCAGAGUACUAGGGAUCAUAUUCUCUUUAUAAUAUAG